AUGUCAGACUUUAUCCAUUAUUAUGUUAACGAUGCAGCGAAAGUCGUCAUAGGGCCAAGGAAGGCCGUUUGUUCAAAAUGUUUUACUACCAAACAUAAUGGUCAUGAGUUUUUAGAUUUAGAGUGCGAUAUAAAUAAAGGUUCAGUGAAAAUAGAGCAAACAGAAGUAUCGAAACAGUUACAAGAAAAAGUUAAAACUUACGAUGACCGCUUAGAAAUGUUGAAAUUUAAAACAUCUCGGUUAGAUUUGAUAACGAACACUUCAAAAGAGAAAGUAGAAAAGAAAGUUACAGAACAAUGUGAGGAAAUUAAAAAGAAAGGGGGAGAUUUUAUAAUGAAAAUUCAGGAACUUGACGAUAGAGAGAGGGCGAAGCUUCUUAAAGAUAAAGAUGUGGUACAGGGAAAAAAGAGGGACCUUGGAAGUUAUGUCAAAUUGUUGGCCGAUUCGUCUAGUUUACAAUCAUUAGUGGAGGUAUUGGAAACGUUACCAAAAGCAAAAGCACUGCUGGCCGAUAAUUGCAGUAGAGAUAUUAACACUCCUGAACUAUUCUUCCCUAUAUUUAAGGCCAAUGAGGACGGGCUAAAUUUAACUGAGGAACAGUUAGGACAAUUUGAUACUUCUAAGAUGAUCAUGUUUAAGUCAUCAUUUGAUUUUGAAAGUUUACAAGACGAGAAAAAUCAUUUUUCAGUGGAUAAUCAUGAUUUAGAGAAACUCUCUCUGACUUUGAGAGCAGCUAAGGAUCUACAUAUUGGCCUAUAUUUGAACGUAAACAAAAAUUACAUAUCUGAAAACUUAAAGUUUUGUACUAUUAGAUAUACCAUUAAAUUAGUUAGCUAUACAGAUUGUAGUAAGUCGCUAUUAUGGGAGUCAAUAAGUACCUAUAAAGCUGGCGAAAUGAGCUGGGGAUGGCGGUGGUUCAUCGACUGGAACAAUUUUGUUAAUCCUGAAAAUGGAUUUAUUGACGACAAUAAGAACUUUCAGGUUGAAGCUUCAGCAAUAUGUACAGACUUGAAAUGGAAAGAAUAA